AUGAGCGACCAACUUACCAUCACACCCGAAAUGGCCUUCGACCAAAAGCCUACGAUCGAUGAUCAAUACCCAGACCAUCUCGUAACCUUUGACGGUCCAGAUGAUCCCCACAACCCAAUGAACUGGCCCUUCCGCAAGAAAUUCAUCACCACCAUCGCGUACGGUCUCACGACUUGCUGGAUCACGUUGGCCUCUGCCAUUUUCGCCGCAGCCAUUCACCCUGUUUCUGCUGAGUUCAACGUGAACACCGAGACUAUUGCUGCAGCGACGAGUUUGCUUGUUUUCGGAUUCGGUCUUGGACCUUUGGUUUGGGGACCAUUGAGUGAGCUAUACGGUCGGAAGUGGCUUAUUCUCAUCCCGUACUUCAUCGCCGCCGUAUUCUCAUUCGGUACAGCUACAGCAAAAGAUAUCCAAACCGUUCUCAUCACGCGAUUCUUCUCGGGGCUCUUUGGCAGUGCACCCGUAACGAUUGUUGGAGGUGUUAUGGCGGAUAUAUGGGCCCCUCACCAACUUGGUAACGCGAUUGUCGCUUACGGAGUUACUAUUGUUGGAGGUCCGACGUUGGGUCCUAUAAUCGGCGGAGCGCUGUGCUCGAGCAGUCUAGGCUGGAGGUGGACUGAGUACCUUACAGGCAUUGUGAUGAUGGCUCAGCUUGGGGUUGAUCUUUUGGUGAUUGAUGAGAGCUAUGCACCUAUUUUGUUGUCGAGGAAAGCUCAUAAGCUGAGACUGCAAACGCAAGACUGGGCGCUGCAUGCUAAGCACGAAGAAUGGGACGUGUCCUUCAAAGAGCUAUACCAGAAGUAUUUCAUCCGCCCAUUCCAAAUGAUGGCAACACCAAUCUGUUUCCUCAUGUCGUUAUACGCAUCAUUCGUCUAUGGAAUUCUCUAUGCGAAUCUUGAAAGCUUUUCAAUUGAGUACCGGGAAGUGCGCCAGUGGGGGCCAGUCGUUAGCACCCUGCCCUUCAUCGCUCUGUUGAUUGGCAUCCUUUUCGCAGCAGCAAUUAAUGUUUACAACAACAAAUACUAUCGCAAGAGGCUUAUGGAGAAUGGAUACAGAGCUGUUCCGGAAGCGAGAUUGCCUCCGAUGAUGCUUGGAGGUAUCGUCUUCACAGCCGGACAGUUCCUCUUUGCAUGGACUUCAUCUCCCAGCAUGAACUAUUGGCCGUCAAUCAUCGGUAUUGCACUGACUGGCCUCGGCUUCACAACUAUCUUCCAAUCUGCACUUGGCUACCUCAUCGACACGUUCACUCGUUACAGCGCAAGUGCAGUUGCAGCCAAUACCUUUAUGCGAUCCAUGUUCUCCGGCGCAUUUCCUUUGUUCAUCAUCCCUAUGUAUCACAAACUUGGAGUGGACUGGGGAACAACAGUCUUUGGUUGUAUCGCUGCGGUGUUGAUCCCUGUUCCCUAUCUGUUCUUUGUUUGGGGGGAGAGGAUCAGAGGUAGAGGCAAGUGGAGCAAGGACAGCGUUUAG